GUUCGCGCCAUAAAUUCCACUUGGCUUCGUCGAUGUGACGCAUCGCAUUUUCUUACCAAUAGCGGCCGAUUUCUCAACAGCUUUACUCCCUAUCAUACAAUCUUCUCGUCUUUGCCUGAAAGUUAUUUUAAACUUUUUUGGAAAACAAGAUUAGCGCUCUACUAUGUCUACACUAACAUCUCAGCACACUACGACUGGUACUACAAGGCCGAUGACGAUACCUACGUCAUUGUGGAGAAUCUCAGAGCAUACCUGGCUACUUUUAAUUCGAAUGAACCACAUUACAUAGGUUUUAGGAUAAAAAGGAGAAUGGUUAGCUUCUAAGG